AUGGACGCCUCCGCCAGCAUGAAAUCGGUGCUGCUGGCCGCGGCCCAGUACCGGGCUGCGCGUACGCAGACUAACGCGGCGCUCUUGCACCGGAGCCUGGAGGUUAUUUCAGGAUUGAAGUUGACACGAUUGUUUGCAUCAAACCAAACUUUGCCAAAUGAAUGUCUCAGCUGCUUAGUAGAACUCAUUGAUGACCCAAACACAAAUUCUCAGUUAACCUUAACUGUGGUUGGAUUGCUCUCUCAACUAGUUUCAGACAAUGAGAUCAGAGAAGCUCUUCAGAAUACGUACAGUCUGGGUAGUGUUCUAGCAAAUGUGGUUCAUCGGAGUUCUGUCAGUCCUACUGAUCCAGUGCUACUACCGAGUAUUCAGUUGCUUCAGAAACUGACCUACAAUGUAAGAGUAUUCCAUUCCAGUGCUAGCAUUGAUGACUUAAUUUCAUUCCUUAUGCAUCAUAUUCAAUCCGCAGAAGAUGAGCUAACUAUACCAUGCCUGGGACUUAUGGCAAAUCUGUGUCGACAUAAUUUAUCCAUUCAAACACACAUCAAGUCAUUGAACAAUGUGAAGAGUUUCUAUCGCACUCUGAUCAGUUUCUUGGCUCACAGUAGCUUAACAAUGGUUGUCUUUGCACUUUCCAUAUUAUCAAGCCUUACGCUAAAUGAAGAAGUUGGAGAAAAGCUUUUCCAUUCCAGAAACAUUCAUCAGACUUUCCAGUUGAUAUUCAACAUUCUUGUGAAUGGAGAUGGAACACUGACAAGGAAGUAUUCUGUUGAUCUGCUCAUGGAUCUCCUGAAGAACCCUAAGAUUGCAGAUUAUCUUACAAAGUAUGAACAUUUUCAAUCGUGCCUCAAUCAGGUAUUGGGCCUGCUUCAUGGAAGGGACCCUGGUUCUUCAUCAAAGGUAUUGGAGUUACUUCUUGCCUUCUGUUCAGUACCAGAACUCCGCCAUGUCUUGUGUCUAGCAAUAUUGGAACCAAAUAUGUCAGGCUGUGGAAGCACAAGACUUGCGUCUCGAUCCAAGCCUUCAGAGCCAUCUGUUCUUCUAGUGCACUGGUCAAAUCAGCCACUGGAAGCAUCUGAAAAUUGCUCAACUCUGGCCUUGGAGCUGUUCAGAGAGAUAUUUGAGGAUGUUAUUGAUACAGGCCAUUGUGCUGUGGCUGAGCGCUUUGUGGAUCUUCUUUUGCCCGUCCUUCUCGACCAUCUUCAUGUUCCGGAUAAUUCUCUAGAAGACCUGCUGCUAAAGAAGAAAUGUGAAAAAAUGAUGAAAGCCAUUGACAUCUUGUUAACGCUUUGUGCAGAUGACAUAUUAAAAACACAUGUUACAAAGGUUCUAACAGCUAGCAAAUGUACAUGCUUGAUAGAACACCUUUUUACCUGCAGUGGGAUUGACUUCGGUUUUGGGACAAAGUUAAUAGACUCUGAACUGAGCAAGCUUGCUUCGGAGGUAAUAUUAAAAACACUGGAUCUUAUGAGCAAGCUUAAGCAGCUGGUUCCUAGCAUGGAAGUCAGUUUUUACAAAGUUCUUCAGGACCAACGUUUGGUUACACCUUUGGCUUUUGCUUUAACAUCAGACCACAGAGAGCAAGUACAAGCGGGACUCAGAAUACUCUUUGAAGCGGCCCCAUUACCAGAUUUUCCUGCCAUAGUGCUUGGCGAAAGCAUUGCAGCCAAUAAUUCUUACAGACACCAGGAAGCAGAGCAUGUACCUAAAAGGAGCCAGGUGCAGCCAGUUCUGACCUGUGUUAAUUCAACGAAAGGUUCUCUUUGCCCUCCGAAUGAGGAUGCUGCUACUUUCAACAUCCAGGACCUGAUACAGAAACUUCAAUCAGGCCUAGAGAUGAAAGAAUCAGUAACAGAUGUGAGGAUAUCUGAAAUAAUGGAAGUAUAUGAGCAGAAACUAUCUGCGCUAGCUUCCAAAGAAACUAGAUUGCAAGACCUUUUGGAAGCAAAGGCGUUAGCACUUGCUCAAGCUGAUAGACUCAUUACCCAGUAUCGUUGUCAGCGAGCCCAAGCUGAGUCUGAGGCUAGAACCCUGGCUUCUAUGCUGAAGGAUACCGAACGCAAAAAUGAAGAACUUGAAGCGUUAUUGAAAGCACAGCAGGUAGAAUCUGAACGGGCCCAGAGUGAUAUUGAACAACUGUUUCAACACAAUAGGAAGCUGCAAACUAUAGCUGAAGAACAUGAGAUACUUAAAAGAUCUUCUAUUGACCUUCUUCAAAAGUAUGAAAGCACUGAAAGGCAAUAUAAAGAUCUGCAGGUGACAUGUAAUUCAUUAAAUAAACAACUAGAGACUAUUAAAAGGCUGAAUGAAUCUCUCAAGCAACAAAAUGACAAAGCCGUAUGUCAACUGCUAGAAGCGGAAGAGCAUAGAAAAGAAUUACACAAACAGCUUCAAGAUAAAGAAGGAAAAAUAUUAAGUUUGCACCAAAAGGUAAAAGUUCAGGAAGAAAAACUGAAAGCAAGGGAGAAGGAAAAAACUGAUAUGGAAGAGACCCUAGACAUCCUUAGAAAAGAAUUAAGUAGAACAGAGCAGGCAAGAAAGGAACUGAGUAUUAAGGCAUCUUCCUUGGAGGUUCAGAAGACACAGUUGGGAGAACGACUGGAAGAAAAGGAGGCCUUAGUCAAACUGCAGCAAGAAGAGCUGAAUAAACAUUCUCAUAUGAUAGCCAUGAUACACAGCUUAAGUGGUGGUAAACUAAGUGCAGAGACUGUAAACCUCAGUUUAUAGAACCUAAUUAUCUAGAACGAUAUUUCAUCCCAAAAGCCAACUAAAAUGAAUGUAAAUCUUCAG